CAUGAAUUUCCUCGAAGCAGUGGAAAGGUAUAUUAUAGUACUGUAUAAACUUCCCCUAACAUAUCUAAAUUGAGAUAUUUAUCAGCUGGAAUAUCUUUAAUAAAUUUAUGUUAUUAGGUAGAUUAUUAGGCAUAUUCUCCAUUCUGGGAGUUGAAGUUCACAAGUCUUAAAAGUUGCCAAGUUUGAAGACCUCUGGCUUAACCCAUCCCUUUCCUUUACGCGCAAAUCAGCGCUCCCAAUUGCACCGACGUCUCCACCAGGGGGCGCCGCUCUCCGUGAAGCUGCAAAAUAAAAAAAGCUGAACCGUCCAGCGCCAGUUGCAACUUGGGAGCGUUGCGUAUUAAACCAAACCUAUUUUUAAAGGGGGGAGAGUGGCAAGAGAGCCUCUGUUUCAGGAUGAAGCUAUUCCCCCACAUUCCCCGCUGCGAGCCGACCCGUCCACUACAAAACACCACAACCACACCGAACCUCCUCCCUACCUUCGCGCAACUCGCCCGGCAUCGCUGCAAGGCGCAGUUGACGUAAAGCGCGGUGGCCUUGCCUUAUGGUGGGUAGUGCCGCAAAAACCCAUCCUUUGCGUCUUACGGUCUCCCCCACUUCGCCUCCCGCCUUGCAGCUUUGAAACUCACAGUAGGCCAUCUAAAAAAGAUGAGAAGAACCAACUGCUGCUUUCUAAUGAUUACCAAGAGGGUUCGAAAGACCGAUGCAGAGAAUUAACAAAAACGUAGUACUGGGUCUUCUUACUUUGAUCAGCUCAAUCUUUCUCCUGUUCCAGCUGUACUAUUAUAAAUAUUAUCUGUCUCCAAAGAAUGGAGCGGUUUUCCCCAAGAUUAAAGGGAGCAAAGCAGGACAAGACAAUAAUCAAUGGCAUGUGGUGAGAAAAUUUCUGAAUUUGGUGUCCACCCACAACAUAGUUGUGCAUCUGAUUGAUCCUCUCCUUUUGGAACUAAUUAACCGAGACUUGGAGCAGCUUCAGACCUUCUCUGAUGGCAGUCACUCAGAAUGCAAAUACUUCUGUACCUCACGGGAUUACACCACCUUUGGACUACUGGACAAAACCUGGAAACUUGAAGUGGGCUUGUUUCAGGCUGCUGAGAAAAUGGGAUUCCAGUGGCUGAGACUUCAGAGUAAAGAUCCACGCUUAGAAGGCAUGGAGGAUCUCUCUGGAACAGAAGUUCCCUUGCACUUCAUCUUCAAACAGGCAACUCAUACCAUACAUCUAGUAGUCUUCUAUGAGAGGAGUGGCAACUACCUCUGGCAUGGGCCGCUACGUCUGAAGCUACACAUGGAUAGGACAUUUGUGCCUUUCCAAAAGCUACACUUUGGACGCUAUUCUGGAGCCUAUAACAAGAUGGAAUUACUCACUCUUUCCAUUGAUGGAUUAAUAGUCCAGGUUCCAAAAGAGCCAUCCAAAUUCCUUGAAGAAAGGUCUCACUCUCGAUUUGUUGAAUGUCGGUACAAAGAAGCUCGAGCGUUCUUCCAGCUGUACCCUGAUGAUACAUCCCCGGAGGCAGUGGAAUUCAGGAAAAAAGCCAAGGCAUUGCUGCAUCUUGCUGCUCUGACACUGAACACUUUAGGAGUACAAUUCUGGCUGAGUAGCGGGACUUGUCUAGGUUGGUACAGACAGUGCAACAUUAUUCCUUACAGUAAAGACCUGGAUUUGGGGAUUUUUAUUCAAGACUUUAAACCGGAUAUUAUUCCAGCGUUUCAGAAGGCUGGAUUACCACUAAAGCACAAAUUUGGCAAGGUUGAAGAUAGUUUAGAGCUCUCCUUCCAGGGAGGAGAAGGUGAAGUGAAGCUUGAUAUUUUUUUCUUCUAUGAAGAAGAUGACCACAUGUGGAAUGGAGGAACCCAGGCCAAAUCAGGCAAAAAAUUUAAGUACUUCUUUCCCAAAUUUACCCUGUGCUGGACUGAGUUUCUAGAACUCAAGGUACAUGUACCAUGUGAAACCCUCCACUAUAUUGAAGCCAAUUAUGGUAAAGACUGGAAGGUUCCUGUCAAAGGGUGGGAUUGGAAAAAUUCACCCCCCAAUGUCCAGCCUAAUGGAAUCUGGCCUAUCAAUGAAUGGGAAGAAGUAAUUCAGCUCUACUGAUUUAUCUGUAAGAUGAGGGCAUCAUAAGAAUAUUUGUUCCAUCAUGUCUCAGAAAUCAUCAGCAUUGGGAUGCUUCAUGGAUUUGCCACUGUUUUAAUGGCACCAUACAUGUGAAAAUUGGUGCACUGCGUCAUGGUUGGGUGUGAAUUUGAAUUUGAAGGAGCUGCUGUAGCAGAAUCUAUGAAAUGUCAGCCUCAGAAGACACAAAGCCAAGAGUCACCUGAGGCUGAUCAAACAUAGCCGCUAUCUGAAUAGCUGAGGCAAUCAGACAAUGGUGAGGAGAGCAGAAAACAAAAUACAGACUUAAGUGAGAUUCCUUGUCAAGCAAGGGAGUAAAUAUCUUGAUUAAAGGCAGCUGGCUGCGGCCUGAUUACAAGGUAACCUAUUAUCCCUCAUUGGAAUCAACUGUCUGAUCUGCAGCUUUUGUGUGAUGUUUGUAUGAAAUUCUACUCCUGAAAUUCUGACUUCUGGAUUGGCUGACAACCUGGCUCUUGGAACUUUGGACUGGAGUUUGACUAUUCUCCUGUCUGCUCCUAUUCAAGAAAACCUAUUCAGGCAAGCUUCUUUCAGAGGCUCUAUUUCUGUUUGCAUUCCUUGUCUGCUGUUAUCUACUCAACUUUGAGUAAACUGCUAAUUUCCAUAGCAACUGUGUAUUGUGAGUGUAUAAUUGAAACCAGAAGCAGGACACACUGCUUCAGCAGUUUAUAUAGCUGAGGAUGGAAGAAUUCAAAAAACAUUUUGUGUAUAUGUAUGCUUGUAUGUAUAUAUGAAAAUGAACAGUAGUGGUUAUUUGAAUGUUGUGUGAUGGCAAACAUGCUUACAGCAAGGAAGCAACAAUAUAAAAACUGGGCAAAGAAGAUACCCUGGCAGAUCAUUAUAAAAGAAACUGUCAAAAGGGGGCAAAUCAUACAGGUAACCCUCACUGACUGUCCACAUUUGGUGGUCAUUAAACAUGAUGGUAAAUGGUAAAUGUCCAUGCCAACUUACAACAUCAAUUCUGGCUGACAGUAAUUAAAUUGUGCCUGCUUAUUAAGCAUGACAUCAUCUGACUGCAGUUUUCAGCUUCCUGCCAGCAUACCCAUCGAAGUUGUUUGUUCCAGUGUUUGUGCUCCAAUGAAUAGAGGGUGUCAUUGUAUAUUUUAAAUUAAUGAUAAUGACCUGCUAAUUAAGAAGAUUGAAAUGUUAAAAAAGUAUCCAGCAAAUGAAUUGUUAAAUGAAACAGAACUAAACCUGUGAAAGAAUUUUCAUAGUACAUAAUAUUGAUAAGUGACAUACUACUUCCUAAGGACAGUUCUAGCUACAGGUAAUCCUCGACUUAUGACCAUUUGUUCACCAUUGGAUAUUACGAUGGUGCUGAACAAAGAGACUGUUAUGACAUUGCAACCCUCAGCAGCCCAUCCACACUUACAACAGGUUGCAGAGAUGCUGCAACUUCUCUCAUUUGCCUAUUGUAUCUCCCCCCCCCAUCUACGCUCUUAAACACCUAAGGAAUUGUCACAGUAAGGCAUGAAGCAGCCACCCGCCACAAGGCAGAGCACACAGUGGGGC